AUGGAAGCAGAGAUAACCCCAUCAUGUUUUGUGUUCGACGAGCCUUUCACAUCGCAAAGGCUACAACAGCUGCUCGACAGCGUGCAAAACGGAGCAGAGUUAGAAACAAGCGAAAAGGUCCCUCAGAAGGAAAGUGCUAGCAAUAGUUUCCGUCAGUAUUCUGUCAAGAAUAUGCAAGGCUUUCGGCAUCUUCUGUUGGUCAAUGCAGAUCUGACCCCCAAGAUACUUGAGCAAGUCGUAAACGGAAUACUGAGUAGCUGUCUUUCCCAGAGGCUGUUGAGCGUCUCCCUAGAUGACAAUGCUCUUGGAGAAGAAGCCGCUCCAUCUGUUUUCAGGCUUUUGCAGCAAAUUCCGAAUUUGAGGGUACUAUCACUGAGAAAUACUGGCAUAACUGAUGGUUUUCUGUCUCGCAUUAUUGGGUUUUGUGCUCAAAUGAAGAAGAGAGACGAAUCAAUAAUGGUAAGUGGAUCUUACUUAGCUCCGCUACCGCUGGCCUCAUCGGGCUGUAGUGCUUCUACUAGCACUGCGAAUGGACCUCAUACAGGUGAAGUCACUCGUCGUUCAUUGUCGACACCAAAAGCUUUGUGUAUUACGCAGAUAGACGUGCGUAACAACGGGCUCCUUACCCCUAGAGGCGCACUCGCCCUAGCUGCUGGGAAGUGUUUCUUUUCACAAGGCCUGAGAAUUUUUAGCGACCUCCAACUACCUGAAGAUAGCCAUUAA